CGCGACAUGGUGUGCCCUUGACGCGUUCUCAACUUCGUCGUCGGUCCCUUGACGAGUGCUUAUGAAUGAAUAUCUUUUCUCCAUCGGACAUCACUACCAUCUCGAGAAUCCGGCGUGCAUGACGUGCAAUGGUACGCAAGCCCCAGCAGAGAAAGCCCGAUGUGACAGACCUUGGUUUCAUCCUCAGGAGAGUCUUCAAGAAAGAAUCCUUCAGGGCUCUUCAGGAAGACGUAGUUCACGCCGUUAUCGAUGGCCAUGAUGUCUUUCUGUGUGCAGCCACGUCCUUUGGCAAAUCACUAUGCUACCAACUACCCGCUGUCGUUUCGACCGGUGUCACAGUCGUCAUCUCGCCUCUGCUAGCCUUGAUGGAGAAUCAAGUCUUUGCUGCAAAACAGCUGGACAUCGCCGUCGAGUGCAUCAAUAGCAAGACAUCAUGGGCCGAGAAGCAGCGUAUUGAGACCGACCUCUUAUGUGGCCACCCAGAAACCAAGCUCCUCUACGUCACCCCCGAGCUUUGCUCAACUGACCACUUCCGCAGGCUCAUUCUCAAGAUCCAUCGACAAGGCCAAUUGACUCGCAUCGCUAUCGACGAGGCGCACUGUAUCAGUGAAUGGGGCCAUGAUUUUCGCCCUGCCUACAAGGACUUAGUCUGGCUCAAAACAAACCUGAAUUGCCCCAAAGUACCAAUCAUCGCCGUUACAGCGACAGCCACCAAGCAGGUUCGGGAUGACAUUUUUAAAUUCCUCCAUCUUGAUUAUGCCACGACAAAGUCUUUCUCAACUUCAACUGCUCGGCCUAAUAUUCACUAUGAGAUACAGUAUUUCUCCGAGUCCAAUCCAGAAAAUGGCAUGGACGAUGUUUUCCCAUACCUGGUAGCGAGAUUGAAAUUCAUGCAUCAGAGAAGAGCCACUCGCCAAAGACAGCUGCAACAACAACAAUCGGACAAGUCUUGCAUAGCGUUGCCACCAAUCACUGGUAUAAUCUAUGUCCCUCUACGUGCUGCGGCAGAUCACCUCGCCCUCAAAUUGUCCACAGCUGGAAUCCAUGCUCAAGCCUACCAUGCAGGUCUCGAUACAGAUCAGAGAACCAAAGUACAAGCAUCCUUCCUCCGCCUCGCCAACACCAAUCAAUCUGAUCUCCGUACUUCCACUAGCACUACAAUAGAUAUGGAAAGCUUGAAGGCUAGCUUCAACAUCAUCUGCGCCACAACUGCCUUCGGGAUGGGCAUCGACGUUCCCAACAUUCGCUUUGUCAUUCACUACGGCCUUCCACGAGGUAUGGAGGCAUUCACCCAAGAAUCAGGACGCGCUGGACGCGAUGGUAAAGCUGCCUCUAGCCUCAUCCUAUAUACGCGGGAAGAGAAGGAUCGCUGUGACUACCGCACUCGCAUGGAUGCCAACAAAGAGAAGAAUAAGACCAAAGCCAAAUCACGAUUGCAAUCUCUGAAAAGCGUGGUCGAUUUCUGCGAAGGCACGACGGUCUGCCGGCACGCACUAGUGGCCAAGUACUUUGGCGAUGAUCCUGCAUCGGUGGAUUGUCUUUUUGCGUGUGAUGUGUGUAAAGAAGGGCCAGGAGAAUUGAAGAAGCGAAAGGACAAGGGGUUGGCGACGGAAGAGGAGGCCUUUAGCUUUACCCAACGAGAAGCCAUUACGAAUUACGAUUAUGACUGAUGCCAGACACGAAUUUCAGUCGGCCGUGGAUGGGCUAUUGGCCCGCGCCUUGAGUAUCAGACGUCACUUUGCAUCCCACUUCAGGGUGAGAUGGACCGAUGAGUCCAAGAAUAGUACGUGGAAUAUGAUAUUACAAUAGGGAGAUGAUGGUCCUGUCAGCCAAGAGACUCUCAAGCACUGUCUUACUCAGCCUCUGACUUGGUCCACGUCGCACGACUCGCCUGCCAAGUAUUAAAGUCAUGCAAGGCGCAUUCUCGGACGCUCGCUAACUUUUCAGCAUGUAAAAGCCGCCUCCAUAGUCUACCAGCCAGCUCUUCUCCACUUUACUGAUGUCCUUGAUGAAGAUUUUUUCCCGGCUUUCCAACAAUUCAUGGAAUACCAC